AUGUCAACACUAAGCGGUAAAGGUCAUAGGAGGAGAAAAGAUAUAUUUGAACAUGAGAAUGAGGAUGACAAUAUAGUUGCCAGUGAUAAAGGUGAAGCUAGUCUAUUGGAAGUGAAUCCCAAAGCGAGCGAUCCUCCAGCUCUGAUGCCUUUGAUAGACAUUGAGAAUGAGCGACUGAAAUCCAGAGCCGCUUACCUUCAAAAACGUUUCGAAAACAAGAUCAAAGAUCUUAGGGAAGAUGUUGAGCGGCUAGAGUCACAGAGGAAUCUCAGCGCAAGAGAGGCUCAGGAGUACAAAGAAAAGAAAGACCUCUUGCAGUCAAUCGAAGACACUAAAACCCCGAAUGAUGUUCACCAAUACAACAUUCCUGGCCUCGAUGACCCUGCCUUGGAACAUGAUAGGUCUAAGAAGCGAGAUCUACUUACCUCCAAAGAUACAUAUGACGAUCCAGACACCUUUGAGACAAAGAAGAAGUUCCGCUUUGAGAACCAGUGGGAGCUUCACCAGUUACGCAAAGCGAACGAAAUCAGAACCGCUCACCCUGAUGAGAUCCAAAUUCAGCUGGACCGAAUCUAUGAAUAUGUUUUUGAUGAUUCACAAUUCAUCGAUUUCGCAGAGGAAGGCGAGACGCAGUCAGAUCCCAGUGAAGAUUAUAUCGAGCCCACUAUUACGAGCAACCGAACAUCCAUAAAGGAAGUAAGGGAAUCCCUUCCCGUUUUCAGCCUACGAUCAGAAUUUCUUCAAAAGGUCGAAGAAAAUCAAGUACUCAUUGUAGUUGGGGAGACCGGUUCAGGCAAAACCACACAACUCCCUCAAUACUUGUAUGAAGCAGGCUAUACUAACUCAAGAUCGGAAAAAAAUCAGAUUCAAAAAGUUGGAUGUACACAACCAAGAAGAGUUGCUGCAACUUCAGUUGCUACCAGAGUCGCUGACGAAGUUGGCUGUAAGCUAGGCGAAGAAGUGGGAUAUAGUAUCCGUUUUGAGGAUGUCACCUCUGAGAAAACUCAUAUAAAGUACCUAACAGAUGGUAUGCUACUAAGAGAAUUUCUUACUGAUCCCUUGCUUUCAACUUAUAAGGCGCUCAUGAUUGAUGAAGCCCAUGAAAGGACAGUAUCGACCGAAAUUGUAUUGGGUCUACUCAAAGAUAUCGUUCGCGAGCGCAAAGACUUGAAACUUAUAGUUGCGUCUGCUACUAUUAAUGCUGCUAAGUUCUCUGAGUAUUUUGAUGGCGCUCCGGUCUUUAAUAUCCCAGGAAGACGAUUCCCAGUCGAGAUUUGCUAUACAAAAAACCCAGAAGCUAACUAUAUUCAAGCUGCCAUAACCACAAUAUUUCAAAUUCACACAACCCAAAAUGUCUCGGGAGAUAUUUUGGUAUUCUUAACAGGUCAAGACGAGAUUGAAUCCAUGCACGAGACUCUAAUAGAAGCUUGCGAUAAGAUAGGUUCAUCCAUUAACAAGUUGAUUGUUGCUCCUAUUUACGCAAAUCUUCCACCGAAGGAACAACAAAAGAUAUUUGAGCCCACACCACCAGGCGCCCGUAAGGUGGUUCUCGCUACUAAUAUAGCCGAAACAUCCAUCACUAUCGAUGGUAUCAGAUUCGUGAUUGACCCUGGAUAUGUAAAGGAAAAUGUGUACAAUCCUACCACAGGUAUGGAAAGUCUCGUGGUAAUGCCCUGUUCAAGGGCUUCUGCUGAUCAAAGAGCUGGAAGAGCAGGACGAGUGGGCCCUGGGAAAUGCUAUCGCCUUUUUACCAAAUGGUCUUUCUACAAUGAGUUGCAAGCCAGCCCUACUCCCGAAAUUCAAAGAACUAACCUAAGCACCGUUGUGCUUUUGCUUCUAUCGAUGGGCAUAACCGACUUGAUGCACUUUGAUUUCAUGGAUCCACCGUCGUCACAGAUUUUAAUAAAGUCAUUAGAGUUGCUUUACUCACUCGGAGCGCUCAAUGCCAAGGGCCAGAUCACAAAGUUAGGGAGAAAAAUGGCAGAAUUCCCCAUGGACCCAAUGUUUUGUAAAUGCCUUUUAAAAAGCGCAGACUUUGGUGUGACGGGUGACAUAUUGUCGAUAAUGGCCCUUCUUUCCGAGUCAUCUUCCUUAUUCUUCCGUCCCAAGGAUAAAAGAGAGCAGGCCGACAAAAAGAAGGAAACUUUCCACCAUGAAUUUGGAGAUCACCUCACCUUAUUGAACAUCUGGAAUCAAUGGGAGGAUACGGGGUUCUCCAACAUAUGGGCAGAGGAAAAUUUCUUGCAAUAUCGUACAUUGAAGAGGGCCAAGGAAGUUAGAUCGCAGCUUGAGGGUCUAUGUAAGCGUGUUGAGAUUGACAUCGCUCAACAAAAAGAGAAGUUCCAGAAAAUCUCCAAUGAAGACCAAUUGCGAGGCAUACAAAAAUCUUUGGUGGCAGGAUUCUUUCCAAACGUUGCCAAACUCUCAAAACUGGGCACUAACUAUACUCAGUUGAAAAGAAAAAUGCCUGUCUUUAUCCAUCCUUCUUCAACAUUGUAUCACAUGAAACCUCCGCCAAAGCUUGUGAUGUAUCAUGAAUUGGUGCUAACGUCAAAAGAAUAUAUGAGAAACUGUAUGAUCAUAGAGGAGAAGUGGUUAGACGAACUUGCAAUGCACUAUUAUAUAACUACAGAACCAGACCACAAGAAUCGAAAUAGUUAA